UAGCCCAUGUGCAAUAUAGAAAAAUAUUUUUAAAAAUAAGAGAGAAUUAUUGUUUUGCUCCCAAAGCUUACUAUAUCCCUAGAUUUAUAAUGUAGGAUUCAAACUGAAUUAAGCAACUGCUUUGGAUUUAAGUUUGUAUUAUCUGUUCCUCCUUAAAAAAAAAGUUAGAUCUAGCUUUCAAGUACCACACUUUAAUACUAAAUAAACUUCAAAUAAUGUUUAAUUCAUUAGUUCUUAAUAAUAUUGUGGAAAACACAAUUUAUUCAUUUCAAAGGGGAAGCAUCCUUAAUGAAUUUCUGUGACUUAUUUUAGGACUUUCUAGUUUGACAUUUUAGUUUUAUUUUCUAAAUAUGUAGAUUCAAUAUUUUCUUCUCCUGGCUAAGUUGUUGUUUGUUUUUCCUAGCCUAAGUAUUAAAUUUCUAGAUCUAAAUUAAAGUUACUAGAAGAUGUUGCCAAUAUUAGGGAGCUCUGGAUUGUGGAAUAUUAGCCUCCCCCCACUCCUUUUGAUUAUGCAGUUACUCCAUUUACUAAUUUUUUUCUUUUAAAAAAAAUAAUUGGCCUUUGUAUAUUUUGGGAGGAGCUAUAAAAAAUACAUAAUUGUAGGCAUAUACUCCUUUCCCCGUCAAUAACUACAUUACUUUUACUGGAGUGGUUGAGGGAAUUUUUUGUUUUCACGAUUUUUUACCUUUAUUAGAAUUCUUAUUCUUCAGAGAAUGAAAAUGUUAGACAUAGAAAUAAUUUUUUUCAUUUUGUUCAUUACGUAAUUGGAUUAUUUAUACAUAAGGCUUUGAUGAUUUCCUUAAAUGACAAAUUCCUUAAAUUUACUUAAAUGAAAUUUUCCUUAAAUUUCCUUAAAUUGUUCCCUGAAUGUUGUUUCCUACAACAUAUGGGUGGGGGAAGGGGGAUAUAGAAGGUUAUGUGAAAUACAUCCAAUUUAAAGUUUUGCAUGAUUUGGAAUAUUUGAUUUAUUGAUUAGUUCCACUAAUUCUAUUUCCAUAAUGAGUUUUAGCUAUAAGCAUUAAUGAUUUAUUUUUCUUUUUUGUUUAUUUUUUUUUAAAACUCUUACCUUCCAUAUUAGUUCUAAGACAAGAGUGUUAAGGGCUAGGCAAUGGGGGUUAAGUGACUUGCGUAGGGUCACACAGCUAGGAAGUGUUUGAGGUCAAAUUUGAACCCAAGACCUCCAUUCUCUGGGUCUGGCUCUCAAUCCACUGAGCUACCUAGUUUCCCCCUGCUUAUUUUUCUUUUUUUAACCCAAAUCUUCUAUCUUGGAAUCAAUAAUAUGUAUUAUUAGUUCCAAGACAGAAGAGUGGUAAUGGCUAGGCAAUGGGGGGCUAAGUGACUUGACCAGGGUCACACAACUGGGAAAUGUCUGAGGUCAGAUUUGAAUUCAGGACUUCCCAUCUCUGGGCCUGACUCUCAAUCCACUGAGCUAUCUAGCUGCCCCCUGCUUAUUUGUUUUUAAGAAAACAGGUAUUCCCUUUGCAGAAAUAGAGGUUACUUUUGCCAAACUUUUUUCUCUUUAAAAAAUUUUUUAUAAUAAGAGAUAAAUUCUUUUUGGAAGGGAAGUAGAGGAAUGAAUAUAUUGGAAAAUGUAGGUGAUGUAAAAAUGAAAUCUCAGGGCAUCUGGGUAGCUCAGUGGAUUGAGAGCCAGGCCUAGAGAUGGGAGGUCCUAGGUUCAAACCUGACCUCAGCCACUUCCCAGCUGUUUGACCCUGGGCAAGUCACUUGACCCCCAUUGCCUAGCCCUUACCACUCUUCUUCCUUGGAGCCAAUACACAGUAUUGACUCCAAGACGGAAAGUAAGGGUUUAAAAAAAAAUGAAAUCUCAAAAUUUAUUAAAAAAUAAAGAGCAUUUGCCCAGCUAACUGUUUUCUAGGUAGAGUUUAAUGUUAACUCAUAUGUACAAAUCUUAGGAGCCAUUAAUUAUAAAUAAUAAUAAUAGCUACCAUCUCUAUAGUGCCUAUCAUGUACCAGACACUGUUCUAAGUGCUUUACCAAUACUUUGAUCCUCACAACAACUUUAAGAGAGAAGUGCUAAUAUUAUCCCCAUUUUACACUUAAGGUAAUGGAGGCAAACAAAGUUAAAGUGUCUCAGGCUGGAUUUGAAAUGAGGACUGUAGGCUCAGUGCUCUAUUGGCUUCACCAUCUAGCUUCCUCAAAUUAAAAAAGAUAUAUUCCUCUGGGAGGGAGAAAGUGAAACUUCCUUUAUUUCUUUCUGUAGAAAUAUAAUGAUGUAUUUGUAGAGCUCAUAUAAAUAUUAGAUUGAUAUUAUUGUACCAUAUUUUCUAUAUGUAAAAUUACAUAUUUUCAUCAUAAAUAUAAUGCCUUCUGAAGUUGAAUAAAGGUAGAAUAUAUAAAUUCUAUCAGUAAGUUUCACUAGAAAGAAUUUUUAAUUUUGUCAUUUCUGCAGUACCUUUUCUCUCUAGAGCUCUAAAUGCACCUAGUAUCAAUAGCAUAAAUUAGUAAUAGAGAUCAAACAAGUAAUCUAAAUUUGGUGGAGCCUUUUGGGUGUAAAUAUUUGGAGGGGAGAAACUCCUUUAAAAGGACCACAUGUCACCAGUUAAAAAAAUCUCAUUGUAAGUAAGUAGUGUUAACUCAAUUUUCCUUUGACUUUUCCCUUUGUCAAAUUAUAGAAGGAAUAAUUUGGCUUUUUUCCCAGUCCCACUGUUAAAGGAUCUCAUAUGAGAUACACUUAUAUUAGAUGUUAUAACAGUAAAAUUUUUGUUAUGUAUUGUAGCUAAGAUUUUGUGAGUCUUUAGUAUGAACUGAACCUUUAACUCAAAGUUUAUUUAGGAUCAUAAGAAAAAUCUUAGGCUCAAGAAAUCAUUCUGCCUUCUUCAGUCAGAAUUAAUCUUGGACAAGUUCUAUUAAUUCUGACACUGUCCAUCUGUUUCUGUUCAAAUGUAUGUUAAAGGGCCCUGCUUUAUUCAUUUUUUUGAUGAAGCAGAAUAUAGUUAUAAUUUUUGGUAAGAUAGUUUAAAUUUUUUUACAUUGUUAGAGAUAAUUUAAAAAGCCACAAUGUCAAAUUGCAGUGUUUUACCAAAAAAGUUUAAUGUUCAAAUUAUAUGGACUAGAAAAAUUUAAUAUGAGGGAAAUGUUCUCUUGCUAGUGAAGUAACAAAUGAUUCUUCAUUACAGUAUUUAGCUUUAAAUAAAGGGAGUGGUGUUAGAGUCAAUAGUAUUUCUCUUAAAGAUGUGAGAAACAUGAGUAGGUUGGGCUUCAUUUGAUAGUAAGAAGCAGUUUGACUGUUCACAGCAGUAACAUAAAUAAGGGAGGUGUUGUCUAAAGCUGCUUUGGUGGGUCAGGGGAAUAGACAUAGCAGACUUGGCAGAAAGCCUGGCCUCUAAAACAACAUCCAAGUCAUCAAAUUUGCCCAGGCACGCCAUGUGAGUUUCAAAUGACAGUGGAAUUUAAGAUGAGUGAAAUGAUCAGUGUGGCUUAGGAGAAUCACAAGCAGGAGCAAGAUUUUUUAACAAGCCAUCAUUUUAUUCAAACUUCACAUGGAUUUGCAUGUGUAUUUAAUAUUUACAUGGUGUUUAUACAAUUUUAUUGCCUGAUUUCUCACCUGUCUGCCUAGUCAAACUCUUGUAGACUGGCAAAAUUUGUGAGGCUUCAGGGAAGAGAAACAAGUAAAUCUCUAAGAUUUAGGCUGUAUUAUGAAUUGACAGCCUACCAGAAGCUGAAAUUUAAUUAGUGUCACAGUAGUUGAGUAUCCUGGUAUUACUGCCUGAAAGGGGAUUGCAAAUUUAGGAAAGCCAGCAAAAUCCCAAGUAAAUUGGAGUAGCAACUUCCAGGGUUAAUUUUCAAAUACAAUUUGGACUGUGUCAGUAUGCUUUGUGACUCAACAACAGAUACUGAACAAGCUGAUUGUGCGUCCAUUUACAUCUUUAAUGUAGAUCAGCCUCCAUCAACUGUAAACCAGCCAAUUUGCAUUCCCCACCAUGGAUUACAGCCUCACACUUCAGUUUUGUCGUCACCGCUUCAUCUGCAAGGUCACAAAAACUAUGAAGGAAUUGGUGAGAUUCCUGAAUCUAAAUAUAGUCCACUAGGUGGUCCCAAACCCUUUGAAUGUCCUAGUAUUCAAAUUACAUCCAUUUCUCCCAACUGUCAUCAAGGGAUAGAUGCUCAUGAAGAUGAACUGCAUACAAAUGGCUCAGAAAGCGAUUAUUUGGAAAGACCUUCUAGAGAUCAUCUCUACCUUCCACUUGAACCAUCAUACAGGGACUCAUCCCUUAGUCCAAGUCCUGCCAGCAGCAUAUCUUCCAGGAGUUGGUUCUCAGACGCCUCUUCUUGUGAGUCUAUCUCUCACGUUUAUGAUGAUGUAGAAUCUGAGCUCAAUGAAGCUGCUGCCCGAUUUACACUUGGGUCUCCUUUAGCUUCUCCUGGUGGUUCUCCAAGAGGUUGUUCUGGUGAUGAAUCUUGGCCACAACAGUAUGGAUUUGGACAUUCAUUGUCACCUAGACAGUCUCCUUGUCAUUCUCCUAGAACUAGUAUCACUGAUGAAAAUUGGCUUAGCCCUAGACCAACAUCCAGGCCUUCAUCAAGACCUACCUCCCCAUGUGGGAAGCGACGACACUCCAGUGCUGAAAUUUGUUAUGCUGGUUCACUCUCACCUCAUCAUUCACCAACCCACUCUCCUGGCCAUUCCCCCAGGGGGAGUAUAACAGAAGACACAUGGUUAAAUACUUCUCUCCAUGGUGUACAAAACCUGAGUCCUGCACACUUUCCAUUUCAGUGCUGUGCAGAGACUGAUAUCCCUCUAAAAACAAGAAAGACCUCUGAUGAUCAGACUGCCACUUUACCAGGAAAAAUAGAUGUCUGUUCAGAUGACCAAGGAAAUUUAUCACCAUCCCUAGAGGCUACCCUAGAUGAUAGUCCUGGGUCUCAGCAUCCUUUAAAGAAAGAUUUAUCUAGUGACCAAUUUCUUUCAGUUCCUUCGCACUUUACCUGGAAUAAACCAAAGCCUGGCCAUACCCCUAUCUUUCGCACAUCCUCAUUGCCUCCUCUAGAUUGGCCUUUACCAACUCAUUUUGGACAAUGUGAACUGAAAAUAGAAGUACAGCCUAAAACCCAUCACCGAGCCCACUAUGAAACUGAAGGGAGUCGUGGUGCAGUAAAAGCAUCUACUGGAGGACAUCCUGUUGUGAAGCUCCUGGGGUAUAACGAAAAACCAAUAAAUCUACAGAUGUUCAUUGGAACAGCAGAUGAUCGCUACCUACGGCCACAUGCUUUCUACCAGGUGCACCGAAUCACUGGGAAGACCGUUGCUACUGCUAGCCAAGAAAUAAUAAUUGCCAGCACAAAAGUUUUAGAAAUUCCACUUCUUCCUGAAAAUAAUAUGUCAGCCAGUAUUGAUUGUGCAGGUAUUUUAAAACUUCGAAAUUCAGAUAUAGAACUUCGAAAAGGAGAGACUGACAUUGGCAGAAAGAAUACUAGAGUGCGUCUUGUCUUUCGUGUACACAUCCCCCAGCCUAGUGGAAAAGUCUUAUCUCUGCAGACUGCUUCCAUACCUGUUGAAUGCUCACAGCGAUCUGCUCAAGAACUUCCUCAGAUUGAGAAGUACAGUAUCAACAGUUGUCCAGUAAACGGAGGUCAUGAAAUGGUGGUGACUGGAUCAAAUUUUCUUCCAGAAUCCAAAAUCAUCUUUAUUGAAAAAAGCCAAGAUGGACGUCCUCAAUGGGAAGUAGAAGGAAAAAUAAUUAGGGAAAAGUGUCAAGGGGCGAACAUUGUCCUUGAAGUUCCUCCAUACCAUAACAGAACAGUUACAGCUGCGGUGCAGGUGCAGUUUUAUCUUUGUAAUGGCAAGAGGAAAAAAAGUCAAUCUCAACGUUUUACUUACACACCAGUUUUGAUGAAACAGGAGCAUAGAGAAGAGAUGGAUUUGUCUUCAGUUCCAUCUUUGUCCAUGCCUCAGAGUGGCAGUGUUCAAAGCCUACGUGCUACCCAGACACCAUCGCCUUCCUCAGAUCCAGGGCAUCCACAUGACAAUUUAUUGCCUAGAAAUCUUGUGUGUCCAGUCCAACAACCAUAUACAUCAAUGGUGACCUCCUCAGCAUCCCAUUUGUCUCAUUUGCAAAGUAGAAAUAUUAGUUCUGGUGAAGAAUGUCAAGUAAUGCCUUCUGUAUUACACCAGUCUUUUCAAGCCACAUCAACACCUCCUGUGAGGUCUUCCUACCAGCCUAUGCAAACUAAUGUUAUAUACAAUGGACAGACUUGUCUUCCCAUUAAUGCUCCCUCUAGUCAAGGAUUUGAUGCAAAUUCAUUUCAACAGGAUACAACUGUACCUAAUUUAAUAAAUCUUAGUUGUCAACCUCUGCCAUCGAUACAGUUUCAUUCUUCAAAUUCAGGGUCACUGUCAGCAUCUUCCACAGGAGCAGGACAUCCCUUAGUGCAUUCAACUCCAUCAGGGCAGUCAUUGCCUCAUCUGCAGCCAGUGGGAUACCAUUGUUCAAACCUGGGGCAGGGUCCUGUUACUUCUACAACAGAUCAGGCCCUGGGACAGCCUUCUUCUCAGUUACAACCUGGAGCAUACCACACUUCAAACCCUGGAUCUACUACAACUUCCUCAGCAACACCGUUGGUCCAUUCACCACUUUCUGGACCCCCAUCUCCUCAGUUACAGCCUAUGCCUUAUCAGUCUCCAAGCUCAGGACCUGCUUCAUCCCCAUCUCCAACUACUAUAACUCACUCUGGGCAACCCUCACCUCAAGCACAUAGUCCUUCUGUCCCUUCAUCAUUAGUCUGUCAGCGUAGAUGUGAUUCAUCUUCAUUUUCACCUGAUGGGGCAGCAAUGAACAUUAAACCUGAUCCUGAAGAGCAGGAAUUGAAUUUUGAAACAAUUGGUCUCCAGGAUAUUACAUUAGAUGAUGUGAAUGAGAUCAUAGGAAGAGACAUGUCCCAGAUAUCAGUUUCACAAGGAGCAGCAGUGACAAUUCAGCCACGUCACGAGGUCCCCGACUCACUGGAUUCAAGAAUAUCAGAUGGAGUCUAAGAAUGAUGGCCCCUGCAGCUAGAUGUUCAUUAACACCAGUGUACCUCCCAGAAUAACUCUUCUACCACCUCUUCAUUGACCUAUUGUGCUUCCAAUUCUGUGGCCUUCAUGAACUGGAACUGUGUAUUCUUUGCAUUUCCCCUUUUGUGGGGAUCUUUUUUUGACAUGGGGACAGCAUUUCUAAAUCUCGUUCCUAAGACAGUGUAUAAAUGAACUUUGUAAAAAUGAAAACAAACAACGUAGGAUAUUUGUGCUAUUUAAAAGUGAGCUUUGCUUUUUCUGCUUUAAAGAGAAUACUUUUAUAUUGGGGUGCUUUAAAAGUGUGAAGGUGUGUGCUCCCAUAAUCCCAGGCAGUCAGCCCUGAAUUAGAAGAAUGAUUGAAUUCCUCCUCUCUAUGUAGCUUUUUCUAGGCAAGAGUCAUAGAAUAGUUAGGAGUGGUUCCUACAGCUUCUUGCCAUUAGAAAGACCUUCAGCUUUGAUGUUUUAAAGAGAACUUCGACAAGAAAACCUUCCAGUGGCAAAGAGACCCACCAGCCAAAGCCUCUGAAUACAAAUGACGUCAUGGGGAUGUUGUAGAUUGAUAGGAAGUAAAUGGAAAUGUAGCUCUGCACAUCUUUAUAAAUGUAUUGUUUGAUAGAUUGAGAAGAGACCAUUCCAUCAGUGCAACUGUUGGAAUAUAAAUGACAUUCCAAAAUGCAAACUUUGUGUAACUUUGCAGGUAAUUUCCCCAUGUUCUUCUCACACAUGCUCCAUACUGAAAGUUUUCCUUAUUCAGAGUCUUUCUCAGAAUGAUUGUGUUGACACAUAGAUAGAUAGAUAGAUAGAUAGAUAGAUAGAUAGAUAGAUAGAUAGACAUAGAGAGAUAAAAGUUGGGAUUUUGACAGAAAUCUCUCAUUUUCAAAGUCACUUUAGAAACAGAAAAUAGAGAUAGAGAAGUAUUUGCAGGUGUUUUCGUGGUCUGUUCUGGCUGAAAUUCUUCUUUACAAUUCAGUUCCAAGGGUUCCUGGCUUUUGGGUUCUGAUUAGAGGAAUUUCCUUCUCUCCAGGCCUUCCCCUGAGAGCCUAUGCAUCAGGGUCCAUCUUAUCCUUGAAUCCAAAGGAAACUUAAAAGUUUAGGUAUAAAAGUUGUGUUGGUAAGAGCAAAGAAAGCAUAAGUAAUGUAGGACAGAACAGAACUUUUGCCUCCUAUUAGAAUCUAGGGAAAUGAAUCUGUCAAGCUGGUAUUGAAGGCCAGGGCUGCCACCCAGGCUUGAAAAUGGGUCCUUUUUACUUCCAUCAGUUCUAGGCUGAUCUAAUUCCAACAAAUCUUCCAUCUGUAUUAAUAGCUUUUUUCCCCUUUAUAUAAGGGGCUUUUUUUUUCCUUUGAGGUGGUGGAAAUAAUAGUUGGUCUUCACAGACUUCAUCUUUAAUAGAACAAAAUAAUUCUUAGAAAACUUUCUCAGCUUUUCCAAGGUGGUACAUUGUAAAGUAAGCUUUAAGUCUGAAUUUGCCUUCAGGGCCCCCAACCUCAAAGGCCACCUGAGAGAUGUCAGACCCUCUAUCGUCUUCUAUCAGGAGCUUAGGAGCAGUGUUUCCCAAGCUGAAAUAUAGUCAUGUUCCACCAAUAAGUAAAUGCAGCUUUACAGACCAGAAAUUGUUUCUGCUGUGGCUGAUAUAACUUUGGGGUGAUUACCACUAACUAGUAACCAAGCACUUCUCAAUAAAGAGGCCAAGUAAUCCAUGAAGGGUGAUGAGAUCUAACCCGACCUUCCUGAGGGUGAAUUAAGAUGCCUCAGAUACUUCCUCCGUUCUCCUCACGAUAAAGAAGUUGAUUUGGUGUUUUUAAACAUCAUUGGCCUGUGGCAUUUUUCAGAAUGGGCCUGCCAUUUCAAGGGAGAAAUUGCCUCUUGUGAAUCAACUGUCAUCACACAUUAACCCAUGGUCAUUGUAGAGGACUUUUUAGAAGUUGAUUUUUGUAAUUCCAAGAGUGGGUUUGUCUUCUAAACUCUUCCAUUUUAUCUUCUUUGAUGAGUACUGUUCACCUUUUCACUGCUCAGCAGUCUGCUCCUAGGAUUGAAGAUGCAAGGAACUGGAGGGAGCCCCUGCUCGCUGUGUCUAGGCUGCCCCUCCCCUGGUGAAGAUGCUCCUGAGCCUCACCUACUGUUAGCAGAAGUCUCCUAACUGUGAAGGAUCUGUCCCUGAGGCCCUUUAGUGGGGAUCCGCUGGGGCAGACAGCUGCAGGGAAGGAACGCUCUCAGUGAAACCCUUGGAGCUGAUCCCCGGCGUUCCUCACCCAUCCAGGUGCUCUGCACUAGGGCCAGUAUGAAAGCCUGUACAAUCCCAAGUUGCUAUGCACUAAAUUUUCUGAUGCCUUUAAAUACCUUGAUGCCUGUAGACCUAGACAUGCUUUCCUAUGUAAAGUUAAAUAGAGCUUUGGAUAUUACGUAAACAGUUUUGUAUCUGCUUUUUAAAAGCUUCCAUAUAAGGGUCUUAAUAUUUUUGUGGCUUGUAUCCUAAAGACUGUUAAAAACCUUGUGCAAUGUAAUGGUAUAAAAAGCACACAACCUUCCUUUGUCAGGCUAUGCAAAUGGAAGUCUCCGUAGUACCCUGGGCCGGCUUGGUGGCAAACCAUGUACAUGGUCUGGAGCCGGGUAGAGGGAUAUUAGCCACCGGGGUGAGGGGCAAGGAAGGGACGAAAUGACAAGCCCAUGGAUCUGUGCGUUUGACGGUGGGCUGUGAGGAAUCUCCUGAAAAAUCCCCAGCAUCCAUUAGCCGGCUCCAGGUUAGUGGAACAACUGGGCAAACCAAAGAGAAGAAGGGCCUGAGGGUGGAGCCGCCCCUGAUGCUUUGAAACUAUUUUUGAUAUUCAGAAUGGUUGUCAUUCCUUGAGGCGUAGAGAUGGGUCCGCAAACUUUUAUAUUUAAAGAUUCAUACAACUGUGCUAGAUCAUGUUUACAGAGCUAUGUCUUGUAAUUUCAUGUACAUUUUGUAUUUCAGACGUUUUGUAAGUUUUAUGAUUGCAGUGCUACUUGCAUAAAACAAAGGGAAGAACUAGCAUUUGAGGCUUUUCAAUCAUAGUGCUGAAAUAAAUGAUGAAAGAUC